UGUGUCGUUGAUAACAUCUGCCCGCCUCUAUAUAAAGACAGACCCGGCUCACUCCUGCAUCACUCACCCAUCAUGGAUCUCUCCUGCCUGCUGCUCCUCUUCUCUCUCUUCUCCCACGCCGGGGCCUUCGACCUGGGCCAGACCACACGCUGCGUCCCCGUCCCUCACCAGAUGAGCAUCUGCCAGGACGUGCCAUACUCGGAGAUGAGGUUACCCAACCUGCUGGGUCACAGCAGUCUGGAGGAAGCGGUUCCUCGCUCGGACGACUGGAGGACGCUGCUCCACACCGGCUGCCACCCGCAGGCCCGGGCCUUCGUCUGCUCGCUGGUCGCUCCAGUCUGCCUGGACAGGUUCAUCCAGCCCUGUCGUAGCGUGUGUGUGGCCGUGAAGGAGAGCUGCGCUCCCGUGUUGGCCUGUCAUGGACACUCUUGGCCCGAAGCUCUGAACUGCGAUCGCUUCCCAGCGCAGGACGACACGUGUCUGACACCGCUGCCCAAACACAUCAGCGCCUUCUCCAAAGAAUUCCCUCAGCCUGUGUGUCAAAGCUGCCCGUCUGUGGAGGAAGCGCCGUCUCUCAAAACCGUGCUGGACGCCCUCUGCCUCAAUGACUUCACCGUGAAAGCCAAGAUCUCCCGGCGGCGCGUGCCGUCCUCGGAGCCGGAGCUGACGGUCGAGGGCCCGGUGGAGUUCCUCCAGCGCGGGCCGCUGCUGCCCUACGACACCUCCAGUCUGCUGCAGCGCUGGCUGCUCAUCAACCUCAGAUGCGCGCACACGCUCGUCAGACCCGGCCGCGCGCAGCUCUACCUCAUCACGGGAACCAUGCGAGCGAACGGAUCCAUCGAGCUGUCCAAUCUGUUCCCGUGGCUGAAGAAAGACCUGCACAUCACUUCAGCGACGCGCAAAUGGAAGCACCACAAGUGCUGAACGAGCUCGAGACUGUGGGAAGAAAAAGAGACUAUUGUAGAUUAAGAAUACGUAAAAUAAUAUGAUUAUAUGAGAGUGAUGCUAUUUCUAACGCCCCCCUGUGGUUAGGAAUAUUAUUCCAACUCUCUCGCACACGCGCGCGCGCGCGCACACACACACACACACACACACACACACACACACACACACACACAGCUCUUUAAUCUCAUAAAUUUGAGAUGCACUCCAACUGUUGUACAUAGAGAUUAAAUAAUUGUAAAGAAUAUUAUUUUCUAUUCAGAUGUAAGUGUAUUUAUGUCUGUUUUUCAUUGUUUUGUGUGCUGUAAAUAAUAAAUGUUUUUAAACUAUCUUAUUGUGUUGAGUUUUUUUUUUUUUUUUUUUUUGUGAAGAUCUAGAAAAGAUCUCCUGUGUUGAGCAUUGCUCUGAUCUCAACACUGAUCAGUAGUCAUGUGACACUGUAGAUUAGAAUAGCUGUUUUUCUACCAAAUAAAUAGUUUACACUAUAUACUGUUCAAAAGUUUGGGGUCAGUAAGGUUUUUAAUGUUUUUGUCUCUUCUGUUCACUGAGGCAUUUUUUAAAUCAAAAAUACAGUAAAAAUGGUCAAAUAUUAUACCAAUGUAAAUCAGCUGUUUUCUAUGUGAAUAUAUAGUAAAGUGUAAUUUAUUCCAGUGAUCAAAGCUGAAUUUUCAGCAUCAUUACUCCAGUCUUCAGUGUCACAUGAUCCUUCAGAAAUCAUUCUAAUAUGAUGAUUUGAUGCUCAAGAAACAUUUAUGAUUAUUAUCAAUGUUGAAAACAGUAAUAUUUUUGU